AUGGUGAAAAUGUUGUGCAGUGGCUAUAAGGUUAGAAGGAAUGCAAAUGUGAACGCUAGAAACAACAGUGGUUUGACCGCCUUAGAUUUGGAUGAGUCACUGAGACACCCAGAUGAACCACUCGAUGUUCAGAAUAUAUCAAAGAUCCUCCACAAAGCCGGAUCUAUGCGUGCUUGUGAUGCUAACAUCAACAAUCUUAUUCCAUCCCAGCCAACCAAACAACCACAACUAGCCAUUCACCAUCGUCAAAGGAUCUUACACUACAUCAAUUUCAGGGUCCGUGAAGAUACCUCACUCGACGUUCGUAACACACUAAUGGUGAUUCUUGUUCUCAUCGCCACUGUCACUUUCGACGUCGGAAUCAACCCACCGGGUGGUAAUUGGCAGGAUGAUCUCCCUGGUAAGCACAUAGCCGGAAAAUCAAUUUGGUUGAGUAAUGAUAAAAUUGGUUUCUUCAUCUUCACGGCAGUCAACUUUGUAGGAUUUGUUAUGUCUUCGGUGAUGAUCUUUAGAUUGGUGGAAGGAUACCCUUAUAGUGGGCCAGUCCAAGUGGCCCAGUCGUUUUUGGUUUUUACUUAUGUUUGGUCAACUCCUCUGUUUCCAAAUACCAAUACUGUUAACUAUAUACUCCUCAUAGUGGUGAUUCCCGUAGGGACAGUGUCACUCCUUUGGUUUCAUAGGAAGCCAAGUAAGUAUUCCUAG